AUGACAUAUCUUCAACAACAGCAGCAACAACCGCCCCCACUACCCCCUUUUGCUCUUCCUUCACAGCAAUUCUCGCAGCAUCAGCUACACCAGCAGCGAAUGUAUCAGCACAAACAACAGCUGCAUCAUCAGAGCCAACACCAAAACCGUUUUCAACAACUACAACAGAACCAACAGCAACGAGUCAAGCGCAUGGAUGCAGUCUAUCCUCAUGUUAGGCAGGAAUCAGCGGCAAAAGUUGCAGAAUACUCUCUUGUCCAUCAUCUGAAUUAUCCAGCCGCCAUGAAAGCAACAGUGUCCUCCCUUCAAAGUUCAAAAGACCAAACAAGGGAGGAGCUCACAACUGCAAUGCAGAGUCACAUGGAGAACCAACCAAAGCUCAGCCAAAACUUACCUCCAGAGUCCAUUCAACCUUCUAUCCAAUCAAACACACAUCAUGCGGCUUCAGGCAAGGACGUUGAGGAGAGUGACAACGAAGACUAUUAUUAUGAUGAUGGUGAGGAUGAUGGUGAGGAUGAUAGUGAGUUCAGCGAUGAUGAGGACGUAGAUGAGGAUGAGUAUGGAGAUCACGAUAACGUGGCUCAUCAUAAUAACAAUAGUAAUCACAAAAAGCCCGAGCAUCCUAUCAGGCAGAUGAAUCCUGACACAAUAACAACGGAUCGAAACAUUAGCAACGGUAGUGCUCAAAUGGUACAACAAGAAUUGACUCGACAAAUGACUAUGGCUGCUGGCGCAUGGAAAAAGAAUGGCAUUGAUGAAGCAAAGCAUUCUUUGCCCUCCAAAAGCAGCAAAGGCAUCAAUCACCUCAAUAGGAGUCCACCUUCAACUCGUAAUAAUGAGGCAUCUAUUAAAGGAGCCUCUAUCGGAACUUCUGCAGCAACACCAGGCCUUGGAACUGAAAGAAACAACGAGAGUCGUUUGCCUCACCUAUCGAAAGCACAGAUGAUGCCCUAUGUUGGUAAUGAGGAUGAAGAUGAAGAUGAAGACGAAGAUCAGGACGAGGACGAAGACGAUGAUGGUUAUGAUGAUGAAGAUUCAGAGGACUAUGAUCCCGAAGAGGAUGAGGACUAUUCAUAUUCUGAAGAUGAAGGCGAUGAAGAAGACGAGGAAGACGAAGAUGGGCCGCCUACGGCAUAUCAAUAUAGCACACGGGACGGUCCAAGAGCGACAACAGGCAUUAAAUCCCGCACUGCACAGACUGGACAUUAUUCUCGUGCUCCAUACAACCAUUAUCGACCCCCAAGGCUAGAUGAAAAUUACCUUAAAAAGCGGGCUAUUACCAAACAUGUUGUACGUCGGUCAAGCUUGACCGCAUUGUUAGGCGAAGCAACUCAGUCAGAGUCAGAUCUUGGGGAUCGGACCAUCCACCCUUCAAUGUCAUUGCUUGGACAACAUCACCGACAGAGUGGUCACAACAACCGGCGUCCUGCCCUUUCAGACGUCUGGAUACAACAUGAUCAUGAUCAAAUGAUCAUGCCUUCGUCAGGCGCUGCAAAUAUGGGUUCAACCGUCACUGCGGACAACCGCAGAGAUAGGCAGAUUCAGUUGGUUACCAGUCCAUUGGUAAAUGAGCAUCGCAGAUCUAUGAUGGACCGCGCCACCACCAUCACUUCUGGGGCUCUUUCGUCAAAUACAACGUUACAAGAUCCUCAUCGACCCAGGCGAACGGAUUCUGGAGUGGAGGUCAAGCUCUCUCCACAGGAACAUCGCGGAUCUGGUGGCAUUGAUAGCGGCUCUGACGAUCGGCAAUCGCGGCAGCUCCAAGAUAAGGCCAUGACCGAUCCAUCGUCUCUUUCCUCGACUGGCCAUUCAUCCGUUAUUGUAUCAAGUUCUACUUCAUCUUUUGUGGAUGCGUCUGCUUGCCAGUCAAGGAUAAAGCUUGAGGACAACAGCCUAGGUAGGGAAUCCCCUAGCCCAGGCUCAUCUACAGGAACUCAUGUAAACCCAACAGGAUCAUCCAGCUCUGCGAGCGGAUCAAACGCUCUUCAAUGCACAAAGCCCCUCAAAUCAUCCAUUAGCUGUCACACUUUCCCUCGUGCUGUUGGGAAAAAGCAUGUCUCCUGGCAUCACUCACUCUUCCCAACAGAACAUGUACUGCGUGUCAAACCAAGCCUACCAAGCCUAUCAAGUGUUGCUGUUGAGUCUGCAAAUGCCAUUUUAUCUCAGCUUCCAAGCAUCCCUGUGAUGACUAGAGAUAGAGUUGAGGGCUUCCAUCAAUCUAUUAGGAGUCUACGGACGUUAUCGAGGAUUGAGAUUACAAAGAUGAGCUACAAACAGCAAGGACGACAAGAGCUUACGUCUUCUGUGCCAAUAUCUAAAUCUGCUUAUGAUUCGCUUCCAUGGUGGAAUCUAUCAAGAUGGUUCAGAGGUUCCGUUACUAUUGAUAAAAGACAUUGGAAGCCCGAUAGCUCGCGUGAGUCAUGCGCUUAUUGUUUUGCUCCCUUCCACCGCCUCACUAACCCUCGUCAUCACUGCCGUAAGUGUGGGGAUUUGUUUUGUGGCAAAUGCGCAAGUGCCGAGAUUCUUAUGGAUGCCAAGAACUGUGUCUAUGUACAGCAGUCGCAGCUCGCACGCUGGUCACGAAGAGUAGAUCUCCAGCGACAUAGUCUUUGGAUCGACACUCUGCCACAACUACACCCUGUCCGAACCGCAGCUGAGUCUGCACUAAUAGCAGGGUCAGAUGGCCAUGGCUCCAUUGGACAUGCGAACGGUCUCAGCGGUGGGGCGGGAACGCUCGGCAGUAUAAACAUGGGUCACCGUAUCAACGGAAGCGGUAGUGGUAAUGGCCACAGAAGCCCCUGGCAAUUGGCACCCGGCUCUACCAAAAAAUCUCGUCUUAGCAUUUUCGGUCUUUUCGGCAAUGGAGUGCAUGGAUCCGCAGCAGGCAACACUGCUUCUGACUCUAGAAGGGGGAGCAUGGAUAUCCCAAAUACUGAGGGUCAUUAUGCCAAUCCUAUGACAGUCACAUUUGCCACAGGUAGACGAUCCAGUUCAUCAUCCAUUCUCAGAAGCGCCACUGGUACUUCUAGUCAUUUGUUAAUGACGGGUGCAGCACUGGGAUCCAAUGAGGGUGCAUUACCAACGAUCGCUAUGUCGCGUAGAAUGAGCUCUGGUGGUGUGGGAGAGGUUUGCCUAGCUAGAAUUUGUGUAGGAUGUGAACGAGAGUUGCUCAAACCUGUUCCGAGAUGCAAUUCAAUUGCAAAGUACUAUGGAUCUGUCAAACCAAGAGGAGGCUAUCAACCGCCCAUCCAUGGCUAUUCGAGUCUUGGCCCUCACGCGGGACGCCAGCAUGUUGGCCCUCAACUAAAAGCUCCGUAUCUAGUUGAGGACGAUAUCGAUCCGACGGUGACCGGACGCCAUGAAUACCUUGCCCACGGUGUUCGCCGACACUCUCCUCUCCGAAAGUCAAGUCAUAUGGCAGAUAUAACUGCUCAUUGUGACAAUGACUCAAGGAUGACACCUCACGAUCGUCCCAGCGGUAACCCUGCAUAUUUCAACCAAGGUGGAAGAGCCCAUCAGAGCCAGGUUCAUGGUCAAGGAUGUGGUUAUGGUCCAUGUGCGAACGGUGGAUGGGUUUCACAGGGAAACGAAAUAGGGCCACACGGAGAGACGAGAUACCAUCAGAACAUUCUUACCUUUCAGGAGCAACAACUCCAUUAUACCCAACAGGCAGUAGGCCCGUUCUGUCGUGAAAUGUGCUGA